UCUGCUGCUUUCGUGAUGACUGAAGUGCAGGUUGCGCUAGUGGUCGACGUAAGGAAAUGCUGUCGAUUAUGCUUGGUUGCGGAUGAGAAGCAAACAUACGGGAAUAUCUUCAAGGACAGUGUACUAACGGAGAAUAACGUGUCCAUCGUCGAAGCUCUACAUAAGGUCACCGGGCUGGUUGUUUCCGAGGAUGGCGGUCUGCCGGAGCGAAUAUGUAACGGUUGCUGGAGGAAGCUGGAGGACUCGUUUCGUUUUAUCAAUGAAGUUGUCAGCAACAACGCGAUCUUGGUAGAGCUGGUGAAUCCCGAAACGAUGAAAGUAGAACGAACUAAGUACGCUCUAGAACUUGGGGACGAUAGCGAGAGCGAACAAUCCGCCAUCCCCGAAGCGAACGAGAACGAAAAGCAACGAAACACGAGAAAGAAGCAAAGGGAAACGACGCUUACUUACAUCGAUGACGAUCAAAGCGGGACAUAUUCUGAUGAGGAAUCCGCUGCACCAGCUUCUGCCGACGAACUAGAUGCGGUUAAUUUGAUACUUAAGAAUUUUGCGAAUCAACGGGAAGCAAAACAUAAGACCCCAUUCCGGGACAGUAGACGACGGAUACACAAGUGCACCGAUUGCGAAAAAGUAUUCCUGCGGAAGUCGAAUUUGAUUGAUCACCAGCGAUUCCAUUCGCAGACCAAGCUGUUCCAGUGCGAGUACUGCGACAAAUCUUUCGUACAAUCCGGCAACCUGGCCCAACACCUUCGAACGCAUACGGCGGAAAAGCCAUACAGUUGCACCUUUUGCUCGAAGAGCUUCUCGCAAUCCGGCGCCCUCAAAACGCAUAUGAACAUCCACCUGCAGCGCCGCCCUUUCGAAUGCAGCACGUGCACAAAAGCGUUCACCAGUGGCUCCGAUUUAAAAAGGCAUAGACUCACGCAUGACCGCAAGAAACGCUUCUGUUGCCCCAUGUGCAGCGAUCGUGUCUUUACCCAGAAGGUGCACCUGAGAAUGCAUCUGACGAGGAUACAUCCGCACUGCAACGUAGAAGAGAUGGUAACACUCGGAACGACAGAUAACCCGGGCUCAUCACUACCGCGGGAUCAAAGCCCUUCCCCGCCAACGACGUUGACUGAUUUCGGACACCAAUCAUCAUUGGAUCGGCAGGCACGGCACCAUGGGAAAAACGCGAAAUGAUAAUAAAGAAAAAUCCAUAAUUCCAACCACAGACA